AUUUUAUACUAUUUAUUGAAUAUAUAUAUGUAAUACAAUAAAGACAUUUUAUUUGCCAUUAGUAUUUGUAUAAUAAUAUAAUGCAUUUAAUGUAUGUAUAUGACAGUAUGAGGGAGGAAAUUUUUUUCUGCAACUUCUGACUAGUAAUACUUCAGUGUUACUAGCCUAACAUGAAUUUCAGGAGCAGGCGUGUGGCAUGAAGCCACUUCCGGGGUGCGGGGAUGAUGGUCAUAUGAAACUUGACUUAGUGAUGUAUGUCAAAAAGAGAAAGUAAACCAGUUAACCUGUUGCAUUUAGUUUCAGGACAACAAAAGUCCUGGCUUAUUUUCUCUAAGAGGGAGAGACGCAGUAAUUGAAAAUACUAUUCCAACUUCUAACAUUCGGUGUCAUGAAUAUAAAGCAACGAUUUAGUGUCAUGUGUAAACGUACCCAUUACACUAAUUUACUUUUACCAGAGAGGAAAUUUCCUUAAUGCUCUUACUCAAUGAAAAUAAGAUUGCGUUUGCGCAAUUACAACCAAUCAUCGAUCUGACCCCAAAGUACCGCUUGCCCGUGUUCUCCGCUUCCCGAAAAUGGUUUUACAUCUCCCGGUGGAAGUAUAAUCUCCCCAAUGAGAUGAGGCAGAAAACAGAAGUAUUAUUCUAGUUUUAUUAGUCGGCAACUAAUAGUUGCAGUUGUAGCAAUGAAAUUUUUUUUAUGUUUACUGUCUUGUCUUGUUGAACAGACCAUAAAGACGUGUGAAACCACCAGGUUCAGCUCGUAAGCCACCAAACCGUCCAAGAGGUAAUAAUAUGGUAUCCAAGGAUCCUGUUCAAGUUUAUUGUCGUUUAAAGCCAAUGCAACAUCCAGCUGAUGUUUCUUGUAUGAAGCUUAUAUCUGAUACAACUGUAGUUAUUACACCACCAGAAUCAGCAAUGAAUUUUCGUAACUCUAGCAACAAGGAAAUUCAAACAACAUUUAGUCGUGUAUUUUCACCAGAUGCAACGCAAAAAGAGAUUUUUAAUAUAGUUGCUCUCCCAUUAGUUGAAAAUGUUAUUCGAGGUAGAAAUAGCCUUUUAUUCACCUAUGGAGUAACAGGAAGUGGUAAAACAUAUACUAUGACUGGUGAAACACAGGAUGCAGGCAUAAUGCCUCGUUGUCUUGAUGUUCUGUUUAACAGUAUUGCUAAUUAUCAGACCAAAAAAUUUAUUUUUAAACCAGAUAAAUUAAACGGUUUUGAUAUACAAGGUGAAGCUGAUGCAAUGCUUGAUAGACAAAAUGAACUUCAUGCUGGACUUAUGUUGCAGAGAAAUGGAAAAUCAGGCAAAGUAAAAAGAGUAGAGAGUGAUAGUGAGAGUAAUCCAAUGAUUGUUCGUGACAUAGAUGAAUCACAAACAGUACAAGUGGAUCAAGACAAUGUCUAUGCUGUAUUUGUUACAUAUGUUGAAAUUUAUAAUAACAGUGUAUAUGAUUUAUUAGAGGAUGAAGAUAUUAGAAACAAGGUAUUACAGAGUAAAAUAGUUAGAGAAGAUGGUAAUAAGAAUAUGUAUGUACAUGCUGUAACAGAAAUUGAAGUAAAAAGUUCAGAAGAAGCAUUUGAGGUAUUUCAGCGUGGACAGAGAAGACGAAGAGUUGCACACACUGCGCUUAAUGCAGAAUCAAGUAGAUCACAUAGUGUCUUCACUAUUCGUCUUGUACAAGCACCCUUAGAUGGUGAAGGUGAACAAAUUAUACAAGAUAAACGGGUGGUAUGCAUCACUCAGCUAUCCCUAGUAGAUUUAGCUGGUAGCGAAAGAACUAAUAGGACUAAAAACACAGGUCAACGAUUAAGAGAAGCAGGAAAUAUUAAUAAUUCUUUGAUGACGCUACGAUCAUGUUUGGAAAUUUUAAGAGAAAAUCAACUUCAGGGUACAAAUAAAAUAGUACCCUACAGAGAUUCGAAACUCACACAUUUAUUUAAAAAUUAUUUUGAUGGAGAAGGACAAGUUAAAAUGAUUGUUUGUGUUAAUCCAAGAACAGAUGAUUAUGAUGAAACAAUUCAAGUAAUGAAAUUUGCCGAAAUGACUCAAGAAGUCCAAGUAGCUAAACCAACAAUUACGAAAAUAGAUCUUGGUUUUACACCUGGAAGAAGACAGGCAAAUAAGUUAUUUAAGGAGGCACGUAGUAAGUUGCAAAAAGAAGGCCAUCCUGAAGCUGAAGAUUUAGAAGUUGAUGUGGGUUUAGUGUAUAGUUUAGGUGGGCCAUUUCCUGAAUUGGAAAUUACUUCUCCACGCAAUGAUCAAAUAAUUAAUAAUUUGAUGCAUUUUUUAGAACAGCGUAUUAACAAACGGAAUUUACUACGUACUGAUUUACAGCAAAAACAAAACGAUCUUAGGAAGAAGAUAAUGACAAUGGAACAAGAAUACAUGAAUUUAAAGAUUGAAAAUGCGUCUCUGAAAGCCGCUAAUUCACAACAAAAAAAGAAGGUUUCUGCAUUAGAGGGUCAUUUAUGCAAGACUGAAGAACAAAUUGAUAGCUUGCUCCGAAAAUUGAACAAUGCAAAUGAUACAAUCCGCAGCUUACAGCAAGAGUUAAAAGAUAGAAACAUGGCACUAAAUCAACGUUUAAUAGAUAAGCAAAGAGUGAAACAAAAGUACAACACUAAAAUGCAAGUAGAAACUGAUAAAAUGAAUAAAGAAUUGGAAAUAAAGUUACGUCAACAACGUGAACACUUACAGAAUCAAAUGAAAGAAAAAGAGGAUAAAUUAAGAUUAGUAAAACAAAUUUUAGUUGAUGACAACGUACCUAGUGUUUCUAAAGAUUGUGUUGUACCUACUAUUAACUGUGCAGAAGCAACUCCAAGAACAACAGAGGGUCGAUCACGAAGGGAUAAAGCGGGUGUCGCAAAUCCAAGGUACAGACGUUCACAAAGUGCGGAUAAGUGGAUUGAUCACAGACCCGGAGCGCUUGUUCCUGUUGGAACUGUUCUUCAACCUUUAAUGCGUAGAAGACGUAGCGUUACGCGACUUACAGAUCCAAAGGAAAUUACAGACGGUGCAUCCAGGUAUUGUCUUAUCGCGCAAGAACACGAUACUGAUGGUGAACUUGAGACAAAGUUAUUCAAGGGAGAUAUAAUACCCACUAGUGGAGGAGGCGCACAAGUUGUAUUUAAUGAUAUGGAAUGCUUAAAACAAUUAUCUCCAAAGGCAAGGAAACGUAGUGGUCCACAGGAUACAGAAAAUGAAAUAGGCUCUUCGAGACAUUCGUCUACACUUGCAGAGUCUCAUUCCAAACGUCCACGUGUAGUAAAUUAACAGUUUUAUUAAUAUAAUAUUAGUAUAGUAAUAAUAGUUUUUAUACGAUAUAUAAUAUAAU